AUGGCAUCUGCACAAACAUAUUUAUUUCAAUUUGGUGGUCCAAUUUUGAUUCUCAUUGGUACUGUAGGGUCCAUAUUAAAUCUAAUUAUAUUUAACCAAAAGAAUCUAAGAAAAAAUCCAUGUUCAAUCUAUUUUAUUGUAUACAAUCUUGCUAAUUUUGUGUAUAUUUAUUGUUUAUUAUUUUCUUUAACAUUAGCAGUUGGAUAUAACAUUGAUCCUAGUGCACACAAUCUGGUUAUUUGUCGUGUACGCCUUUAUAUAAACGUUUUAUUCAAUGUAUUAAGUCCAUACUAUUUAAUUUUGGCUUCGAUUGAUCGAAUUUUGGUGACUUCACGAAAUGCUCUUACACGACAGCGAAGCACUCGUCGUCUAGCCUUUAUAUGUGUUACAGGUGGAACAUUAUUUUGGGCAUUAUUUCACAGUCAUGCAUUGAUUCUCGCGAAUAUUACACAACUUGGCCCUAUAUCUUUUUGUUAUUUUCAACAAGGUGUUGAACUCACUUUCGCAGGUUACUAUUCGAUUAUCAAAGAGCUUUUAGCACUAUCAUUAAUGAUAAUAUUUGGAUUAUGGGCCAUCACGAAUAUACGAAGUACACACCGCGUUACGGCUGCUACUACUUUAUCUGUAAGCAAGACUCUCGCAGAAGAUCCAAUUCAUGUAACUACAAAAUGGCGAAACAGAAUGUUAUCUAAAACAGCACAAAUGAUAAUGGGUCAACAAACAGUCAGUUUACAAUAUUUAGCCGAUGUUAUUGAUGAUGAGAAGUUAUCGAAGAUUGAUCAUGAAUUAAUAAUAAGCGAUUUAAAUCCUAGAGAUCGUCAAAAUUUUCAUUCAUGUUUAAAAAUAACAUCUGAAGAUGUAUCACAAAUUUUACGUGAUAAUUCUGAUACACAAGCAAUUUAUGUGUAUCUUCAAUUAUUAAAAUAUAUUGUUGUUGCUUAUGUUUAUAAGUCUACACCUAUCAAUGAUCGUUUAUACUAUUCGUGGUUGGUUGUUUUCGUUUCGGUCAAUGUGGAUAAAAUGCAAAUCAUAAAUGCACAUGCAUUAAGCGGUUGCUGUUCAACAAGAGUAAACUUCACAAUCGAUGAUUUUCUUCUGCGAGCUGAAAAAAUUGCGAUAUUACAUCAAAUUGAAUGUAUCGAACAAUCGAACGAUCAAGAGAAUCAUUUAAUAUUUCCUGUCCAUCAUAAGCAUAAAAAAGAUAAUUUAUUACCACUUCAAAAUUUAAUCAAUAUUGAUGAUUUGGACGUCGAAGAAAUUAUUUCAAAGGCAUAUAAACAAGCAAAAAAAUAUAUUGAUCCCUUAAAAAUGUCAACAUUGUUGAGGCAAAAUCAUGCAUAUGAGCUAAAUGAUUUAAGUACAAAUGUUAAUAACUAUUUGAAAACAACAAGUAAAAUGAAUGAUCGUUUCGGAUUCGAUUUUCAUUCCGAUGUGGAUGAAAACACAUCAACUGAGGAAGAUGACAACGAUGAUGAUGAUCAAGACCAUAAUUGUGAUUCCGAGAUAGCAGACGAUGACGAUGAUGAUAAUGAGAAUAAUACAAUUGCAAUGGAAAAAAUAGUAUUUAAUGGAAUAAGAAUUAGAAAUUCAAUUGAUACAAAUUUUUAA